AUGCUUAGAAGUGGAUUGAUAAAUGGACGAUUUGCGGUUGAGCAUUUAUGCAAGCGUUCUGGCGGACGUUUGGCGGUCCGUGAGUACUCAAGCGAGUCAGGAAAAGACUCUAUGUUUUUGACCGAUCUCUUGAGCAGAAUCGACAAGAUCAGUUCAACCACCAAGAAGAUAGCAGAACAGCAAGGUUCAGGGGUAGGAGGUUUAAACAAGUCUAGGGGUGUCCCAGGAUCAGCCCAGGGGGCUCCUCGUAGGGCCAAGGGACCAGCAGAUAAGACGGUAAAGACCAGAAACGAAAAGGUACAAGUGGCCGAUCAUCCAUUAUUCAAUGCUAAAAUUGAAAAUAGAGGACCAAAUAGACAGAGUGGUGGAUAUAAAGGUCCAAGAGCUCCUAGAGUGGCUAGAACUGGGGGUGGAGCUGGUGCACCAGCCACAAGUGGUGCAGGAAAUGCCAGACCAUCUAAGAGGACGACAAGACCAAGAGAACCUAGAAGACAAAAGGCCAUUGACGUUCAACCUAUCAAAUCUAAGAAUAUUACAUACGGACCAUACAAACCGCAAUUGGAUAACAACACGUUUUUGUACGGAAAGGCCACCAGUUUCAAUAAUUGUACCAGUGCAAGAGUGGCUUCUGUUGCCAAAGAAGCAUUGAACGACUCAAAAUUCCCGUAUAUGCUUCCUAGAGAUAUAGUCAACAACUUAACCCCAGGAGUGACAAGAAAUCGUUUCCUUUUGCAAUCUAACUUCACUCUUGACGUCAACUCCAAAAAAUUAACUACCAGAAUUAAGGAAGUUGUCAAAGGUGAAGUAGCCGACUUGCCAGUAGAUAAAUCGCAAUUCAAAGACCCAGAGGCAUUGAAAUCUGCUCUCUUCACAAAACAACAAUUGAUGAAGAAUGGAGACUUGUCGUUCGCCGAUAAGCAGAAAAUAUUCGCCGUAGCUAGUGGCUUAAAGACGCCAAAGCAGUUGGUCGAAAACGCCCAUUGGGCCAAGGCCGAAUGA